CUCUUUGAAAAGAAGUAGCGUCAGUGGUGUUUUUAUAUUUGAUUGGAAGAGCAGACGAAUUUUCCGGAAAUAUUCGAGUGUUACGAUAUACACACAUAUGUUUAUUAUCUAUGAAAAUAUAUGGCUAUAAAUAACGGCAAUUGUAUUGCAAUCAAUAGCAUAAAUACGUCAUUGCAACAAGUGCAUUUGUUUCAAGUUUAAGAGGAAUUGUGUUCAAAAUAUACAUAUCUGCAACAGAACCAAAUCGUCCAGGAGUAAUGGCAGCGAUAGAGAAACAGUCGUCGGAACAGCAUGAGGGCGAUGUCACUUGCCUAGCAUACUACAACAACCAGGUGUUUUCCGGCGGCGCCGAUGGGAAAAUCAAAAUUUGGGAUAAUGAUUUGAAUCUGAUUAAAUCGGUGGAUGCGCAUGACAGUUACAUAUAUGCGAUGGCGAUAAAUGCAAAUAACGGUAAACUUUACUCCAGCAGCUGUGAUGGUUAUGUGAAAUUUAUGGCACCACCCUACGAUGGAACGCAACAGCUUUUCUGCUGCGAAGAUGCCAUUCAAGCGAUGUACUGCGAUGGUGACAUUUUGUACACGGGCGAUGAGAAGGGCGUGGUUACGAAUUGGGUGGACGAUAAAAUCAGAUUCAAAUAUAAUCUGGUUGAAGAGGUCAAAUCGUUAGCGGCCGAGAAAUCGCUCGUUUAUACAGUUCGCGAUUUGGACGUCGUGGUGUCGGAUAUGAUUGCUGGCAAAUCGGGCAAAUACAGCAACAAGGCUGUGCUGCCGGGCAAAUCACCGUUAGCGCUGGUUGGUCCUGUCAUCAAUGACAAACGAUCUUUCCUUGUGUGCGCCGACCGAACCGGCAAAGGGUUGUCAUUCGUGAAGAAUCUGCCACAACAAAAAUUCGAAACUGUGUGGAAUUUACCGCACUGUCACGAAUUGAUCGUUCAGGCGAUUUGCGGAGACGAGAACUCAGUUUUUAGCGGCGGCUACGAUAAUAAGGUAAAAGGUUGGACCAACUUCGAACAGGCGACACCCACACCCCUUGGCGAAGUGGAGGUCGGCAGUUGUGUGAAUGCGCUGGUGUGUGGCGCGGACAAUCGGGUUUAUAUUGCCACAUCGGAUGGUUUCGUGCGUAGCGCCAAAUUUCUUUAAUAUUCAUAAUAGGGAAGAUGGAAAUCACAUUGGAAGAGACGCGUUUUUAUAUUAUAAUUCAUAAGUGACCUGAGUCCGAAUCUGUAUAUUAUAUUAACUGAAGCUGCUGAAA